AUGCGCCACGCAAAGGAUGCAGGCACAACGCAGGGUCGCCCGCCCAACGUGCGGGGGCUCGACAGGGCCGCCGUCAGCACGAUGGAGCGGUUCCCCAUCGGCCACAAGUCGGCGCUGCCGAUGUGCGUGGACGCGGAGGUUGUAAGGAACAGCGCGGGGCGGCUACCCUCAGCGAACGCCGGGAAGUUUCGGCCGGCGGCGCACCUCGCAGAUCCCCGUGCCCCGGCGUACGGGGCGGAUGCGGCGGCAUGGCGUGGCACCGCGCCAGACACUUUUGGUGCGAGCGGCGGGGAGGGAGGGCGGCCGUCGGGGCCCGUUUUUUGGUCUCGAUCGGACCGCGAGGAGAAGAUCAAAACGGAGACUAUCCGACGUGCGUGUCUCUUGGUUGAGCAGCAACUGCGCCUUCGCCAGGCCGAGGCGGAGUUGGCGCGCUGGGAGGCGGCGAUGGAGGACGUCGUCCAGCGCGGCCAGCGGGGCGGCGAGGAGGGGGCGAAGGCGGCGGCGCCAGGUGCCAGUGCGGCGGCCGCGAAGACCCCCGACACGGACGGGGGCCGCGCGGGGGCCUGCGACGACGGCGCCGCGGCGCCUGCCGAGGGCGGCAGCGUAGUGCCGCUGGUUAGCAUCCGGAGCCUCGGCGGCGCUGCCUCGCGGACAGCCCCCCUCAAUGCCACUGCGGGGGAGGAGCUCGAGCGCAUGCGCCAGGGGGCACAGGGAGGCCCGCUGCGGGGGCUUCUGGAGCGGCCACGGGACUCUGCUGGCGAGGGGGAAGGCAACAUGGAGGAGCCCGCUGCGCUGACCGGGCGUGGUAUGGGCCGAAGGGUGAAUAUUCGACCCAGGAAGGCAGUUCACCCGCCGGAGUUUGCGUUGACGCUCUCGGAAGAGUUGCCCCCGGCGCCGGGAAGCAGCGGCGGUGGCGGUGGUGCAGCAGCAGCGGCAGCAGCAGCGGCCGGGGGCGUGGAUGCGGCUGAUGACGUCAUUGUGCGACGCCUUGUGGGUGUGCCCAACCACGACCGAGGGCUUUACGCCGCCCUGAGAUCUGGCUGGAAAAAGGCCUGUAGGGCCAAGACGUUGGCGCGGAUGCUUUUUGGCAAACGCGUCCGUGCCUCCACAUGGUGGAAGUUGGCGGGUUCACGUGAGGGAAUGUUAGCCGCAGCACGGGGACUCGGGCUUGAGCCCGACGUGUACGAGGCCCUCAUGACGCGUUGGAUGGAGAACGAGAGGGGCGCGGAGCGGGCCGCGAGGCACGAGCUGGUACCCCAGGGCGAGCGCCCUUUUGGCGGCGCCGCGCACGCGACGGCGCUCACCAAUGCGCCCCAGCAGCCCCAGGAGUUCGCGUCCCUGGCGUCUUUGCUGUUUGCAGGGGACAAAGAUCUGUCGAGCAUGGGUGUGCUGGCGCAUCAGCUGGGGCGACUGCAGGUGAGUGGCGUGGUCACACCGGAAGAGGUGGCCCGCAUCCUAGAGGGUGAUGAGGAGAGUAUACGCGACGAAUUGGCUCGCCUGUUGGAGUCGGAUGCCGCGAGGCAGCAUGCCGCACGCCUCGCCGCCAGCCCCAGCCUGAGCCUGAGCCUCACUGGAGGCGCGAAUGCCUCCUUUCAUGACGUGGCGAAGGCGCUGUUGCGAGAGCGGCGGCGCGCGGCGACAGCAGACAAGCGAUCCGGUGAAUCGGCUAGCGUGUCUGGGCGAGUAGAGAACCGCCCGGCUUCGAACAGUUACCUCGGCCCCGUGCUGCACGACAGCGCCUCCCAGCCCUCCCUGGGGGAGUUUUUCGUCGCUCUUCCCGACGCGGGCCAGCGUGGCCUACUUCCCUCCUUGUCAUCGGGGGAGAAGGCGCCGUCGUGGGCCUCCGUGGCGGGGGCGGAGCGGCAGGCCCUGUGGGAGGCCGCGUCCGAGGGGGAGCGGAGGCCGCUCCGGGAGUCCAUGACGGGGGAGGAGCGGCGGGCCGCAACGGCGGCGGCCGGCGGCGCCGGCUCUGCGGACCCCUACACCCGCCUCCCGCCACUGCGGGGCCCCGACGCCGGGGAGGCGGUUGUGCUCGGCCCGGGGCGGGGCCGUCCGGGACGCGGGACGCCCGCAGCCGCUGCCGGGUGGCGCGUGCGGGGGAGGUGGGGCGACACAGCGGCCUCGAGCGAGAUGGACCCACUCGAGGCGACGCAGGCGCCCGGCGGCCGGGGGUCCACGGGGUCCGCCGAGGGAGAGCGGAGCGGCCUUCCGCCCCCGUCAGGCGCGGGGGGUGAGGGCGGCGAGCAGCGGUACGACGGGCCGGAGUGGUGGAAGCAGCGGCAGCGGCGGCCGCCGCCGGGCGCAAAGAGCGGCUGGGCCCCCGCCGAGGGGGAGGGGGAGGAUGAAGGUGCCCGCCGCUCUCCGGAUCGGCCGGCGGAGGGAGCUGACCUGAUCGACUUGCUGAAUGUCCCGCGCGAGCCACGACGGCGAGGCAAGAGCUUCCGGCGUGCCGCUGGGGCCGACAACGGCGAGUUCGGCAGCGAAGCGGAGGCGAAGUCCGGCGUGCGGUUUUCGCCGCAGUGGUCGCUGGAACACGCGGAGGAUGGCUCCGUCCGGCACCGCCCAAAGAAGGUCCCCCGCUUCUUGUACGACGGCAAGCCGAGGAAGAGUCUGGAUGCGAGCAUGAGCAGCAGCGGCCCGGCGCGUGCAGGAAGAGCGCGAAUUCCACCUUUCGUGCGGAGGCCCAAGAGCAAGCCGGCGGGGCCGGUGAUCGCGGUCGCCGACGAUGCCAGCGAGGACGAUUCUGGGGAGCUGAGCAGCUUUUUCGGCAACGACGACGAGGACCUCACGCUCUUCCUGGCGACGUUUCCCGAGGAGGUGCAGCAUGUGCGGCUGCGCAACGAGGCGAGGGGGGUGCUGGGGGAGCUCAAAGAGGCCAGCAGUCUGCUGGUGAAUUACGCAACCAACGUGCGGCACCGGCUGCCCGAGGGGUACACGACGGCGGCGCCGCGCGAGAGCAUUUCGUCCGCGACGGCCAUGGCGCAGGCGGAGGAGGAGCUAAAGACGAAGGUGAGCGUCGACGAACUGCGGCAGCGUUUUGAGUCGGAGGGGCGCGAGGAGUACGCGGAGCUCUGGCGGACGCUGCAGGAGCUGCGCCAGAAGGUGCUCGAGCAGGAGGCCUUCCUCAAGGAGUCCUUGAUGGACGUCGCCAAUCUGUCGCGGCCCGUCCCCGGUGAGGACCGCGACGCCUUUGCCCUGAGGCUCACGCGGGAGGUGAACGAGUACGCCAAGACCCACCGCCUCGACCAGCGACACCUGGUGGGGAGCGCCGGCAUGAGGGAGGACUACGCCGCCGCCGUGCAGGCAUUCCUUGAUAGCUUUGCGCUGACGCGCGGCCGACGCCCGGGCCGCGACGUCGGCUGCCAGUGCACCCCGGAGGACCUCGGCUACGUGGACGAGGAGCUCCGGCGGCUGGAGGAGGAGAUGGAGGACCUUUACUUCCAUGCGCGUGGGCUGUUCAGCGCGAUAAAGCUCACGAUCAUUGCGGUUGGGAAUGUUAUGGGGUUCCACGCCUCCCUUGAGCUGGAGACAACGUGCAAGCAUUGCUUCUACAUAUUUGAGAGCCCGCGCACGCUCUGGCCGUGCGGUCACACCUUCUGCCAGCAGUGCCUGCCCUCCAUGUUCACGGAGCAGGGCGAGCUGAUAUGCGAGGAGUGUGGCUCCCUGUGUGAGGUUGGCUACACGCCAAACCUCGCACUGGAGCUGCUGGCGAGCUACCAGGUCAUGCAGCGCACCGACUACGACGACGAGGAGGAGGAGGAGGAAUUUGGCGGCGGCGUGCAGCGGCGCACGAUUGAGGGGGUGCUGGCAACGAUGCUGAAGGACCUGAUGAGCACGCAAACCGCAAGUGCGGAUGCGCCGCGAAGGACGGCAGGGGGGAGGUUGCGCCGCGUGUCAUCUGCCGUGGCGGCCGGGGCAGCGGCGUCCAACCCGCCGGGCCUCGUUCCGUGA